AUGACGGUGCGGGAGGUGCUGUACAUGUACUUCGUCGCACGGCAGCCGUAUGACCGGUUCGUCUCCGUGUGCGGCAACCCGGAGCAGGCCCGGAACGCAGUGGCGUUGCUGGUGUGGCUGGAUCAGGGCACCAUCUCCGCCAUCCACCACGUCCCUGGCAUUGAUGCCGGCGCUGUGGGCAUCGUCGCGGAGGAGGCCAACGCCAUCCUCGAGUGCUUGCGCUACCCGAAGCCCAUGGUCCCACCCAUCCCGCUCAUCUCUGCGCUGUGCAUGCAGGGCGGCGUUUGCAUCGAGCCGAGAUUCUUCGCCUUCCACCAGGACUUAGUGGUCUGUGGCGUUUCCCACUUUCUCGACGGCGCCGGCAAGUUCGUCUUCGACGACCGCCUCCAGGUCCUGCUGAGGAAGUCUGAGACAGGUCUGGUGGGUAACCCGCCAGAGCUCAUGGCGCCCUACAGCUCCCUGCCGCUGGAUGUGCCCGAGGACUGCCGUUCUAUGUUCAUCACCUUCUCCAAGGGCAUGCCUCUCCUCCGCGAGGAGAUCUUCGACUACUUCAGGAAGAAAUGGGGUGACUGUGUGGUGAGGGUGCUCAUGGAGAAGACAACAGGGGGCAGCAUGCCCAUGUAUGGCCAGAUCAUCUUCAAGACAGAGGCAGUAGUUCAGCUGGUGCUGAACGGCGAGAGGCUCGUCAAGAUCUCCAUCGACCAACGUCAGAUCUGGCUGCGCAAAUACGUCCCUAAGCCAACCAAUGCUGCAGACUGA